GUGCGCAGAAGAAAAAGCAGGAUGCUGAAGACGAGGAGAAGCGGCUGGAGGAGGAGAUGCGCGAGAAGGAGCUUUAUGACGAUCACUACCAGCAGCUGGAGGACAUGCGACCCGUCGCCGUCGAUAAAGUCAAUAACGUGGAGGACAUGCUAGAGAAGGUCGAAAUAGCCGCCGCGCCGUUGCAGAUAGAAUUUGCCGACUCGGCAGACGACAUGAGGGCCACCAUGCUCGAGGCCAUCCGGGAGACAGAGCAGAUGGUACGGUCAGCGGACAGGAGCAUCGGGGAGGCUCGCCGACACAUCUCGUCCAAGAUCUCGGUUGCGAGCACCUUCGUGAACAGCGUCAAGAAGCAAGCAGUGGCAGAGUUCACCGAGCUUCAGAAAAAGCUGAAUGAUGCCAACAGCGCCUUGGCCAAGUACAAGACGGUCCGCCAAGACUACGAGCAGAGAGUGCAGGCCAAGAAGCUGGAAGAGGAGAUGAGCAACAGGCUGACGGCUGCGGAGAUCGAGGUUGAGAAGGCGGCGAUGAUGACGGCAUCGCUCGGACCGGACAGCGCGGAUGGUAUCAGAGAGACCGAGGCGGCACUUAGCGCCGCCCAGUCGGGCUUGGCGCAGACCACUCGCCUCAUCGACUCCAAGCUGCGAAGCGUGGAGACCAACCCGGGCCCCAUCAAGGGCAAGCUCGAGCCGCUCAGGGAGAGGUGCCGGGAGGCGCAGCAGAAGCUCGACGAGGUCCGCAGGGCCGUGAAGGAGAGCCAGAUGCGCGUGGCGGCGGACAGCCUGCUGAGGGAGGUGUCCGAGAGGGUGGCCGCGGCGGAGGAGGAGCUCCAGCACAUGGCGGAGGCGGAGUUGCCCUUCCUUCGGAGCGAGCAGGGCUUGAACAUGGGCGAGCUGAUCUCGUCCGCGGACGUGGUCGCGGCGAAGGUCCACACCGCCCUCGCUGAGGCGCAGGCCUUUGUCGCGCGGAAGUUGGCGGAGGUCGCGCGCUUCGCGGAGGGGCCCGGAAGGACAGUCAAGGAGGAGGUCGACAUGUUGCAGAAGCGGCUCGAGGAGGGGCGCGAGCGCCUCACGCAGUUCAAGUCCUCCCUGGCGGACCGCAAGCGGACCCACCUGCUCGAGGAGGUGGAGGCGAAGAUUGCAGCUUCGGAGGCCGACGUGGCCAAGCUGAAGGAGGUCGCCAAGGGGCUUGCCGCCGUGGGCGGCAUCGGCGAGCCGCUGAGCGACACCCUCACCGAGGCGCUGGAGCAGGCGAGGUCUGCCGAACGGGUGGCCCAGGCGAGCCACGUGGCCUGCCGGAAGAGCUUGCUGGGCGCUACCGCGGAGCUGAAGAAGCUCGCGUUGUCGGGCUCGGUGUCGGGGUCGGGGUCAGAGCUCGGCAAGCUGCAGAAUCGCGUCAACUCUGUCCAGCAGGAGCUCACGAAGCUCAAGAGUGGGGCCAAGGAGGCGGAGGAGCGUGUCCAUGUGAAGCAGGGCCUCGCGGAGGUCAUGACGAGGCUGCAGAUAACGGAGGCGGAGGUGGACAAGCUCUGCUCCACGGCCGCUUCUGACGAUCAGCCCUCGCCUGAUGCCGUCGAGCGCAUUGAGAAGGCAACCGUUUCCGCGAACACCAAGGUCACCACAACAGCGAAGCUUGUGGACGUGAAGCUCAAGAGUGCACAGGGAGUCUUGAAAGCCGAGUUGCAGGCCAUGCGGUCCCGGAUCACGAAGGCGGAGACUAAGUUGGGUGAAUUGAUGGCCGCUUCGAAGGUGCAGAAGGAGAAAUCGUUGGCGUCCGACCUCUUGGCGCAGGCCGUCGAGAAGGUUGAUAACGUGAGGUCCGAGGUCCAGAAGACUGCAGAUGCCGAGCUGCCCUUCCUGAAGGGCAUCGAGACCAUGUCGCCCAGCGAGGCUCUCGUGGCCAUCGGCAUGUGCGAGGCCUCGGCGUCCUCCGCCCAAAAGUCGAUCGCGGACACCCGCAAGUUCAUCGUGGAGAAGCUCGCCGAGGUCAAACAGUUCUCCGAGGGCCCCUCCGAGACCUGCACGAAGCAGCUGCUGGCGCUCCAGAAGAGGCUCGACGGAGACGCCGCCAAGCUGGCCGAGUCGAAGAAGGACACGGCGGAGAGGAAGCGGAAGUCCCAGAUGCAGGCUUCCAACGAGAAGAUCUCCGGCGUGGAGCUCGCGGUCCAGAAGUUGCAGUCGGCGAUGACCAAGUUCGCAGAAAGCAAGGCGGCCGACAUCUCCAAGGAUGAGGCUGUAUCGGCCAUGGGCAAUGUCAGUGCCGCCGCGCAAGAAGCUCAGGCGGCUGUCACCGAUGCCAAGAUGUUUUUGGCUCAGAGGGUGCAGGAGGCGAAGAGCUUCAGCGAGUCCCUGCGGAAGGCCAUGGUGGUCGACCUGGGUAAGCUGCAGCAGAGGCUGACGCACUGCCAGGUCGAGCUCGCGAUGCUCUCGAAGCAGUGCACGGAGUGGGAGCAGGGGUUCGUGGCCCGGGAGUUGGUGCGCGAUGCCGAGACUGGCCUGGAGCAGCUGCAGCUCCGAGCGCAGGACGCUGCCAAGCUGGUGGCGCCGCUGCUCCAGGACGACACGUCCGCCCUCGUCAGGGCUGCGCACGUCCAGACCCUGGCGGGCUGCCUGCGGGGCUUCAUGCAGAAGUCCGGCGAGAGCGCCGCCGACAUCUUUUCGAGGAUCACCCGUGGUGCGAGCGCCACCGCCGCCGACUUCAAGAAGUUCGUGGAGGGACUUCCCGAGCUCUGCGGAGGGGAUGAGGGUAGCUUCACCGAGGAUCAGGCGGGCUCGAUGUUCUCCCACAUCGUGGGCGAGAAGGGCAAUAUGUACGCGGCGGACCUGCAGCCGCUGCUGCGGGACCGCUCCAUCUGCAUGGCCGGUGUGCCGCUCGUCGACGCGGCGGAGGACGGCCAAGAGGUUGGGCAGAUCGAGGUCGGAGAGGGGGUGGACAUCAUGGAGCAGAAGAAGGACAAAGACGGCAGCACUUGGGCUCGGUGCACCCUGCUGCGGGACGCCUCCGUCGCUUGGGUAUUGCACACGAGCAGCGACGGCAGCUCCAACUUUCAGGAGUCGUCGUCUGUAGGGCAGAUGCAGAGCAUGAGCGCUGUGGUGAAAGCGAUGCAUCAAACAUGCGGGGAGAUGUGUCAGGCUGCCGAUCGAAAGAUCAUCGAGCUCGUAGGCUACAAGCAGGGCCCACUUGUGGAAGUGAAGGGGAAGCUCCAAGAAGUCCGCACCAAGCUUGGCCAGGAGCAGUCGAAGGCUACUCAACUCAAGAAGCAGGUAAGCGAUGCGAUUUCAAAAGUGGAGUCGGCAGCCAAGAAGGAGUUGCAGAGCGUGCUGGAAGGGAAGUGGAAGGCAAUGGGCGAGUGGUCCGUCAGGGAGGGGACCGGGGCCGUUGAGGCCGCGGAGGCGGAGGCCGCCACGUUCGUCGAGAAGGCGAAGGCAAUUGGCACGAACCUGAGUGUCUCCCAGGUGGAUGGCAUCAUGAAGGAGAAGGAGGCGGUCGUGAAGACCCUGGAGGCCGCAAAGGCGAUCGUGGCCAGGUCUCUCAAGGCCCGCGAGUCGCACAAGCCUGCCCAGAAGGCUGCCCUGCUGGAGGCCCACCUCUCGCUCCAGAAGCUCAAGCACAGGGCCGAGUCCGCGGAGAGCAAGUGCGCGGCCGCCGUCCAGACGCUCACGGAGUCUCGCGCCAAGAUGGUGAAGGCGGCGAGAGCGAAGGUGCGCGCAGCGAUCCGAGGCGAGGUCGAGCGCACGGGCAAGGACUUCUCUGAGCUGUUCGACGGCCUCUCGCGGGGCACUGGCGAGGUUGGCGCCAGCGAGUUCGAGUCCUUCAUCGGCGCCCUCCCUGGGCACGAGCUCGGUGGCGAGCUGGUGUCCCUGGUCUACAGGCAGAUCGCGCCCCACGGCCUGCGAAAGAUCGGUUUCCUCAGGGCUAUGCAGGAGUUCGGCAUCUGCUUGGUCAGCACGCCGAUCGCGGAUUCGUGCGCCAUGGCAGCUGGCACCGUCCUGCGGAAGCUCGAGAAGGGCGAGAUCUUCGAGCUGCUGGAGGGGCCCACUGAGGACUCGGAGUCCAAGGCGCAGCGCAUCCGCAUCCGCGCCAUCAAGGAUGCAGUGAUUGGUUGGGCAACCCUGAAGGACCCAGGGGACGGCGAGGGGAAGGCCUUGCUGAAGCACAGGGAAAAGCCUUUCAUGUGGGCUACCCGGGAAUCGCCGCUGCAGUCCGACGACAAGUCCGAGAUCGUCAGAACUAUCCGCGCGGACGAGGUCCUGGAGCUCCUCGAGGGCCCACAGCAAGAGAAGGUGCCGCCGGAGCUGCUCCUCCACGUCAAGGCGAGCAGCGACGGGGCGACCGGCUGGUUGACCCUGCGCGACGCCACUGGUAGACAAGCCGCCUCGCCGGCUCAGGGGUUCUACGUGUGCAAGUCGACCAUAGCCAUGACGAGCACCCUCGAGCUGAAGAAUACCAAGGCCGUCCGGAAGGUAGCGGUCGGCGAGGUUCUCGAGCUCGUCGACGGGGGCGGGAAGGACGCCGGAGCUGGCGAUCUGAGUCGUCUGAGAUUCCGCGCUGUGAGCGACGGCACCGAGGGUUGGGUGACCCUGGUGGGCAAGCAGGGGACGGUGUUCGUCGAGAAGAGCACCAAGCACUACACGGUCGACGGAGGCGCUCCUCUCCACGAGGAUUGGGCGUCGGGCUCCCCCGUGGUGCGGAGGCUGUCGGCGGGAGAGGCCAUCGAGGCCUUGGAGCCGCCCAAGGAGGUCAUGCAGGACGCCAAGAGCGUGCUCCGCGCCCGCGCCAUCGAGGACGGCAAGUCCGGCUGGAUCUGCGUGGCGGGGCAGCUGCGGCCGUGGAGCCUGAAGUGCGUGUGCCAGCAGGCCGUGUCCUUCACCGACGGCCUGGCCGACCCGGAGCCGCACGGCGGCCGCGCGGCCGAGCCAGGGCAGAAGUUGGACGUCGUCGAGGGCCCUGCCGUGGACGCGCCCUCCGGCCGCCGACGAAUACGGUGCGCCAGUGCCGCGGACGGAGUGCUCGGGUGGGCGACGCUGCGCGGCCCGGACGGCAAGCCGUGCUUCGAGCCGGCGUAGCCAUGGGGACCAACGGUCGGUCCCUGCUCAAACCUGGCCGCCCGUCGGCCCGGUUUUGCUAUCUCCGAUGUUGGGCUCGGCCAGCAGGCGGUGAGGCGGCCAUCGUCGAAAAGGCGC